CAUUAAACGGACGAAGAAGUUUGCAAAAGGGUAUUAUUGACAGACUGUGUGUAGUAUGUCGAAGUAUUUGAUGUUAGUGCAUAUUCAUACUAAACAUAAUACGACAGAGCAUCACAGGACAGAAACAGGACAGUAGUUAUGUUAGCGCCGUGCUCUUCCUCCUGCUCUGUGUGUGUCGCAGUUCAGUAGUCUGAGCUUUAGCAUGCUCGGGUUUGACUGGACGGGAAGCUGCUGUAUGGACUCUGUCUCUGUCUCUGUCUGUCUCUGUGUCUCUGUCUCUGUCUCUGUGUUUGCUCACAAUGCCCCUCGCUCCUGCUAACCAGUCGCAGCUGGUUCGGUCCAGUCAGAAGGACGAAUAUUACCGAACCUCUCUGAGGAACAACGCCAACGAAGCUUUUCAGACACUUGCAGGAUCUAAAAGAUGGCUGGACUGGAGGAGAGAGAUAGAGCUGCUGUCAGACCUUGCAUACUACGGAUUAACGACAUUCUCGGGUUACCAAACUCUGGGUGAGGAAUAUGUCAACAUCGUCCAGGUGGAUCCCACUAAACGUCAAAUCCCCUCAUGGGCCAGACGGGGCCUCUUUGUCUUCUGCCAUGCCUACUUCCCUUACCUCCUGGGCAAGGUCCUUGUGUGCCUGGAGAACGAGCUGGAAGGUGGGCAGGAGAGCCGCAGUGGUGUCGGUCGGCGGCAGGCUGCAUCUGGGCUGUGGAGCCUGGAGUCCUGGCUCAGGAGGUGGAUGCUGAGGGCGGUGGGGCUGCUGUCGGAGUCUCAGAGAAAGGCGUGUCUACCGGCUGUGUUCGUCCUCCAGCAGAGUCUGACCCUCCUGCACCGACUCCACGUGGCUCUGUUCUACAUCAGCGGCUCUUUCUAUCACCUGUCCAAGAGGGCAGCUGGAAUCAGCUAUCUGCGUGUGACAGGGCCGAACAGCGAUGACGGGACCAUCAGAAGCACUUACAGACUGCUGGGAGCCGUGUCCCUCCUCCAGCUGCUCAUCACUGUUUGUCUGCAGCUCAACAACUUCAGACAGAGACAGAGAGCCAGGCAGGAGUGGAAGCUCUACAGGAACCUCAGUCCCCAGCGUACACAGAGCUUAAGAUCCAGAAUUUCCCGCUGUAUCCUCUGCCUGGAGGAGAGGAGACACUCCACGUCCACUCCCUGUGGACACCUCUUCUGCUGGGAGUGCAUCACAGAGUGGUGCAACACCAAGGCAGAGUGCCCGCUGUGUCGGGAGAAGUUCCAGCCUCAUAGACUAGUGUACCUGAGGAACUACAGCUAGAACUACACACACACACACGCACACACACACACACACACACACACACACACACACACACACACACACACACUGCUGCUGCUGCUGGCUGGACUGUAAUGCUUUUUAAUACCAGUGCAGGAAGGCUGCCCCUCAGGAACAUGUGAAGACAAAAACUGUUUUCCAGCUGUCGCAGUACGUUGUGCCAGCAUGCUGCAGCUUCUUCUUAAGGCACAAACAUGACCUCUUUUCUUUUUUCGUUUGUUUGAAUGAAGUUGUAAUUAAUUGCCUCUGUGGGUGAUUGAAAUCAAAAUAUUGGAUUGUAUCAGUUGAUAUGUAUGAUGUAAAUAUUACUUUUAAUUUAAAUAAACUAACUAUUCAUUUGUC